AUGGUACAUUUUAUUUAUUCUUUUUCUUUUUUUUCCUGUAAUGAUUUUACGUUCAUUCUUUCCAUUCUUUUCUUUCAUUUUUCUUUUGAAUGUUACACUUUUUAUUCUUUUUCUUUUUUUCCGGUAAUGAUUUUACGUUUAUACUUUCCUUUCUUUCAUUUUCUUUUGAUUCAUUUUUUUCUUUUUUCCGAAUUUUUACGUUUAAUUUUUAUUCAUUUCCUUUUUUUUUUGAAUGUAAUUUUUUCACUUUCCUUUUUUUUCCUUUCUUUUCUUUCAUUCUUUUUUUUUUUGAUUGUUCAUUCUUUCCUUUCUUUUCUUUCAUUCUUUCUUUCUUUUGAAUAUUUUACGUUCAUUUUUUCCUUUCUUUUCUUUCAUUCUUUCUUUCUUUUGAAUGUUAAAUAUUUAUUCUUUUUCUUUUUUCCUUGUAAUGAUUUUACGUUCGUUCUUUCCUUUCUUUUCUUUCAUACUUUCUUUCUUUUGAAUGUUACAAUUUUUAUUUUCUUUCCCUUUUUUCCUGUAAUGAUUUUACGUUCAUUCUUUCCUUUCUUUUUUUCAUUCUCUCUUUCUUUUGAAUGUUACAUUUUUUAUGCUCUUUCGUUUAUUUCCUGUAAUGAUUUUACGUUCAUUCUUUCCUUUAAAUCUUUCAUUGUUUUUUCUUUUGAAUGUUACAUUUUUUAUUCUUUUUCUUUUUUUUCCUGUGAUGAUUAUACUUUUAUUCUUUCUUUCAUUUCUUUCAUUCUUUCUUUCUUUUGA